CACAAUAAAGAAGAAGAGCGAGCGAGAAUGACUUGUUGUUGUUGUUGGCGCAUUGCAAUUUCUACUUGAUAUUUGAUUUACAGUCCGACCACAUCCAUGAUAGUCACCAGUUAUACCACAAACAAAACAACAAUAAAACAAAACGUUAAAACGUUCAAUCUCCAUUAACAAAGAAAGAAGUGCGAUAAGACCUGAGUGGGGAGUAGGAGGAGGAGUAUUAGCAGCAAGUACAUAUAAAUUAAAUCACUCAUUUAAUACCGAACAUUCGGGUAAGUUAUUAAUACACGUAUCAACACCACCACCCAUCCCACACAGUGCGAAUAAUUAUGAAAGACACCACGGAGAUUUUGAAGAAGCUACGACAUCUUAUGCAGACACAUUGUCAGCAGUCGGUGUUGGCGGCCUAUAUUGUUCCAUCGGACGAUGAACACCAGAGCGAAUAUAUAUCGAAACAUGACGAGCGUAGGGCAUACGUCACAGGGUUCGAUGGAAGUGCCGGCACAGCGCUUAUAACUGAGGAUAAGGCUUUGCUGUGGACAGAUGGUCGCUACUAUCAGCAGGCACUGCAGCAGUUGGACUCGAACUGGGAAUUGAUGAAGGAUGGUCUGCCAACCACCCCCAGCUUGGCCAAAUGGUUGGCUACUAAUCUACCCAAAGGCAGCAAGGUGGGCGUUGACCCCAAAUUGUUUUCGUAUCGCCUCUGGAAACCCAUUGAGAAGGAAUUGGUGGGAGCCGAUUGCAGUCUUGUGCCAGUCGAGGAUAACUUAGUGGAUAUUGUUUGGGGCGAAGAACAGCCCAAACAGACCUCAAAUCAAAUGAUUACUUUGGACAAUACAUUUGCUGGCAGCACAGUUUCCGACAAGUGGGCAAAUGUCAAGCAGCAGAUGACCGAAAAGAAGGUUCAAGCCUUGGUGGUUAGUGCUUUAGAUGAGAUUGCUUGGUUCCUGAAUUUGAGAGGCUCCGACAUUGAUUAUAACCCGGUAUUUUUCUCAUAUUUGAUUAUCACUCACAAGGAAUUGAUGUUCUUUCUCGAUGCCAGCAAACUACCUAAAGACUUCAAUCAACACCAAACCAGCAAUGGGGUGUUGAUAAGCCUGCACAAGUACACAUCGGUGGGCGAAGAACUAAGUCGCUUAGCUGAAAAUAGCGAUGAGGGUAAAAUUUGGAUUUCUCCUGCCUCCAGUUACUAUCUUAAUGCCCUAAUUCCCAAGAAAAAGCGCCAUCAGGAAAUCACUCCCAUUGCUGUAGCCAAAGCCAUCAAGAAUAACAUUGAGAUUGAGGGAUUUGUCAAUUGCCACAUACGCGAUGGUGUGGCUUUGUGCCAGUAUUUUGCUUGGCUGGAACAAAUGGUUGCCAACAAACAGCAUGUUGAUGAAAUAUCGGGUGCUGAUAAGUUGGAGGAGUUCCGUUCGAAAAAAGAGCAUUUCAUGGGAUUAAGUUUCCCUACCAUCAGCUCGUCGGGUCCAAAUGCCUCAGUUAUACAUUAUCAUCCCGCCGAGGCGACCAAUCGCCCUAUAAAUGAUAAAGAAAUUUAUCUUUGUGACUCGGGGGCUCAAUAUAAGGAUGGUACAACCGAUGUAACACGCACCCUGCACUUUGGAGAACCCACCGAUUUCCAAAUGGAAACAUAUACUCGCGUUCUAAAAGGACAAUUGGGCUUGGGAGCCACAAUUUUCCCCAACAAGGUGAAGGGGCAAGUGCUCGAUACCCUGGCCAGAAAAGCUUUGUGGGAUGUUGGUUUAGAUUAUGGUCAUGGCACUGGCCAUGGCGUGGGACAUUUCCUAAAUGUUCAUGAAGGUCCUAUGGGAGUGGGCACACGCCUAAUGCCCGAUGAUCCUGGCCUACAAGAGAACAUGUUCAUAUCCAAUGAACCUGGCUUUUAUCACGAUGGCGAAUUUGGCAUAAGAAUUGAAGAUAUUGUACAAAUAGUUCCAGCCACCAAUGCCAAGCAUGAUUUCAACGGCCGUGGUGCUCUCACCUUCCGCACUGUCACAUUAUGCCCCAAGCAAACGAAACUGAUCAAAAAGGAAUUGCUUUUGGCCGAAGAGAUAAAACUAUUGAACGACUAUCAUCGUCUGGUGUGGGAGACAUUGGCGCCACUGCUAAGGGCAGAAGGUGAUACACGUACUCUGUUGUGGCUUGAAAGGGAAACACAAGCUAUUUAAGAUACUUUCAGAUGUUUCAUUGAUGACAGAUGGAUGAUAUUGCAUUGUUUUGUUUUUGUAUAAAAAAAAAUGUUUUGAUAGAAACACAAAUAUAAAGUCGAGAUACAUAUAAAUAAAUAACCGCUUUAACUAAUAA